AUGUGCAACGGCAACUCGUCACGCCUUUCCGCUGGCGGAACCAUCGCCGUCCUGCGCCCUCCACCUCACGAGUCGCAAGCGUCCACGGCCAAUUGCAACCUCUUCUUUCAAAAUCCCGGCGAGCUCAGUGGCCGCACGCGUGCCGUCUUUGAAGCCGACGACGGCAGCUGUUUCGACAACUUCAUGGGCUAUUUCAUGCUCAUCCAUCGCAACGGGGACUUGCUCUCGCGACCGCCGCUAAGCGAGGCCGCCAGUGACGCUCUAUACGCCAUCCAGCUCAGGCCUGCCGUCGACGAACACCAGAGCCUCGCUCAAGUCGACCUUGCCGAUGCGCUUGAGCUGUCCGUUGGUGGGAAGGGUGUCAUCGGCAGGAAGGUGUCCAUUGUGACGGACUUGAAGGACACUGGCACUACCCUUGCUGAAGGCAUCAUUGGCUGGAACUGA